AUGCUUGCUACAAAAACAAAACCCAUGAUAGUAAGUAUGGGUCCUCAUCAUCCAUCAAUGCAUGGUGUUCUUCGACUUAUAGUUACUUUAGAUGGGGAAAAUGUUAUUGAUUGUGAACCUAUACUGGGUUAUUUGCACCGAGGUAUGGAAAAAAUCGCUGAAAAUAGAACAAUUGUUCAAUAUCUUCCAUAUGUCACGCGAUGGGAUUACUUAGCUACAAUGUUUACAGAAGCUAUAACUGUAAAUGCACCGGAAAAAUUAACAAAUAUUCAAGUUCCAAAAAGAGCUAGUUAUAUCAGAAUGAUUAUGUUGGAAUUAAGUCGUGUAGCUUCUCAUUUGUUAUGGCUUGGACCUUUUAUGGCUGAUAUUGGUGCACAAACUCCUUUCUUUUAUAUUUUAAGAGAAAGAGAAAUGAUAUAUGAUUUAUUUGAAGCGGCUACUGGUAUGCGAAUGAUGCAUAAUUAUUUUCGUAUUGGAGGAGUUGCUGUAGAUUUACCCUAUGGUUGGAUAGAUAAAUGUUUAGAUUUUUGCGAUUAUUUUUUACCAAAAGUCAAUGAAUAUGAAAGACUUAUUACAAAUAACCCUAUUUUUUUAAAACGAGUAGAAGGAAUAGGUAUUAUUGGAAAAGAAGAAGCAAUAAAUUGGGGUUUAUCUGGACCUAUGUUACGUGCUUCAGGAGUUCAAUGGGAUCUUCGAAAAGUGGAUCAUUACGAGUGUUACGAUGAAUUAGAUUGGCAAAUACAAUGGCAAAAAGAAGGAGAUUCAUUAGCUCGUUAUUUAGUCCGAAUUGGAGAAAUGAAAGAGUCAAUAAAAAUAAUUCAACAGGCAUUAAAAUCCAUUCCUGGAGGGCCUUAUGAAAAUUUAGAAGCUCGACGACUUCAGCGAGGAAAAAAAUCAGAAUGGAAUAAUUUUGAAUAUCAGUUUAUUAGUAAAAAACCUUCUCCUACUUUUAAAUUACCUAAACAAGAACAUUAUAUUAGAGUAGAAGCUCCUAAAGGAGAAUUAGGUGUUUUUUUAAUAGGAGAUGAUAGUGUUUUUCCUUGGAGAUGGAAAAUUCGUCCACCAGGUUUUAUUAAUUUGCAAAUUCUUCCUCAAUUAGUAAAAGGAAUGAAAUUAGCAGAUAUUAUGACAAUAUUAGGUAGUAUAGAUAUUAUUAUGGGAGAGGUUGAUCGUUAA